CCUUUUUAUGUCAUUUUCUCUCUUCAACAACCCGCCUUUAUAUAAACGUGAAGAAGCUUUUUAGCUUCUUCAAUUGCCCUGCCAUGGAAGCUGAAGAGAAGGAGGAAGAACCACCGCCUCAAUUCCCCCGGAAACUUUCUUCUACUCCAACUAUGCAAGAAGACGCCGGCGCCAAUGGAGCUUUGGAUCUCUGUCCAAGCUUCAGCAGCUACUCUUUCGACGGACCUGCAGAAACUGCCGCGAGAGUAGCCAUGGAGUUUGAAGGAAUGAGUGGAGAAGGCGAUGGCGGUGACGAGAAUGAUUUCGAAUUUGUUUUGUUUCAAAAAACGGAGGACGAAAUGAUUUUAGAUUCUCCGAUUACUCCUGUUUUUCCUGUCUUCAAUCACGACCUAUUCAAGAAGAGCGAUGAAACAGAGGUUAAUGAAUUGAACAACGGAAAUGCUCCGGUUAUAAGGAUUUCUCUCCAGAAGCUUAUAAUUGACGAUCGUGAGCGUGAACGUGACCUUGAUCGUGAUCUUCCGUCUGCCUCCUCGUCUGAAACCGACGAAUUGGAGGGAAUUCCACCGGGAACAUACUGCGUUUGGACGCCUAAGUCAGUACAAGCAGCGGAGCGUGGAAAAUGUAAGAAGAGUAAGUCCACAGGAUCAGGAACAGGAUCGUCAUCUUCAAAACGGUGGAGGCUUCGAAAUUUACUUCCACGAAGCAGCAGCGAAGGAGGAAAGAAUCUGUUCGUCUUCUUAACACCGUCUUCAAAAUCGACAAGGAAGAAAGAAGAGAAAUCGGAGAAAUUAGGCGAAGAUGCAAAAGGAAAGAAGAGCUGUUCGGAGGCCAACAAGGCCAUCAUCAGAAAAUCGAAGAUCAAAGGGGGCUCCGUGGAAAAAGCAUCAUCGGCGCAUGAAUUGUUUUACAUGAGGAACAGAAUGUUGAAGGAAGGAGAUAGGAGACGUUCGUACCUUCCAUACCGGCAAGACCUCGUCGGAUUCUGGGCAAAUCUCAACACCGUGAGCAAAGCAUUACCUCCAUUCUAAGCCGCUCAACAGGUUCUACUACUAAAUUCAAUAUUUAGAUUAAUUAUUUUUUAUUAAUUUUCAUCAUCGUAAUUCUCCGAACAUAUCCAUGAGUUUUUGAUCAUCUUCAAACACAAAAACGGUUGGAUUAUUUGACUGUAUAUAUAUGAAUAGUUGUUUGAUCUAUGAACUCCAUGAUUUCUUAGGUGUUUAGCUUAAGAAAUGUAGUCGAUAUAGAUAGGAGUUCUAAACUAUACUCUUUGAUUUACCACUAAAUUUGUUUUCUAAAAUUUUACUUCAUUCCUUUGUAAGAGUUUGAAUAAUUUUCAUUGAUCGAAUUCAGUUUUUCAUUUUUUUUU